AUGCUCAAGGAUAUUGGUAAACUACCAUCUGUGAAGCUAACCUUGAGUCGAGCUAUGGAGUUGACUGGAUUCAUCUACUCACAUGCGUGGGUUUUGAAGCUGAUGAGAGGUCAAACUAACGGCAGAGAGCUUCUUAGACCGGCGGUGACACGAUUUGCCACAUCAUUUAUGACUUUGUCAAGCAUCCAUCGACAGAAAAAUAACCUCAGAAAGAUGUUUAAUUUGGAGACAUGGAGGCAAAGUAAGUGGGCAAGAGAUUCAAAGGGAAAAUCAGCUGAAAGGAUAGUUCAUAUGCCAUCUUUCUGGAACAACAUUGUUCGUAUUCUCAAGCUGACGGCUCCUCUUGUUGGUGUUCUAAAACUUGUUGAUGGUGACAAAAAGCCUGCUAUGAGAUACAUUUAUGAGGCGAUGGAUAGAGCUAAGGAGACUAUUGCUAAAGCCUUUGGUGAUGAUCUUUCAAAAUAUUCUGAGGUAUUUGAUAUCAUUGAUAAGAGGUGGCAGGAUCAGCUUCAUCGGCCUUUGCAUGCUACAGGAUAUUACCUUAAUCCUGCAUUUUUCUAUGACCAUCCAAAUAUCCAAGGGGAAGACGAAGUUAUGAGAGGUCUUUAUCAAGUCAUUGAGAAGAUGGUGCCCACACAAGAUCAAGACAAGGUUGAUAGACAGUUGGAUAUAUACAGGCAUGCUGGGGGUCUUUUUGGUAUGGAGAUAGCUAAAAGAAAUAGAAAGAAGAAGUCUCCAGCACCAGAGUUGCAGAAGCUUGCUGUUAGAGUCCUCAGCCUUACUUGUAGCUCCUCCGGCUGUGAAAGAAAUUGGAGUACUUUUGAGCAAAUACACACCAAGAAGAGGAAUAAAUUAGAUCAUAAGAGGCUGCAAGAUCUAGUUUACUGCAAGUACAACCAAGCUUUGAAGGAGAGAUAUGACUGUAGAGAUUCUAUUGAUCCGAUUAAGUUGGUUGAUAUAGAUGAAAGCAAUGAAUAG